AUGAGCAGCAAGCGCACUCUUUUAUCGACAUCACCUGAUCAUAAAGAACAUACACCAAAAAAAUACGCGCCGUCCCUAAAUAUGAGUGUAAGCAGUCAUCAAGACGUGUUUACAUGGAGCAAACUAUGCGAAGUCCUGGACGACAAAUUGAAGGGUGUAGCAAAGAAAGAAGAUCUGACGGAUAUCAAACAUGAAAUUGAAGAAUUAAAACAUGAGAAUUCUAAAUUAAAGGAAGACAUAAAGAAAUUAACAAACCGUCUAGAACUAGUUGACCAGAAAUCGAGAACCACAAAUAUCAUGGUACCGCCAGCGAAGUCCAAAGGGUUUUAAAUGCUAGAAGUAACCUUAAGGGACAAGCAAUUUUUAUUCAGAAGGAUUACACUGCAGCUGAACAGUCUAUUAGAUACAAUCUCAGGCAAGUUAGCAAAGUAAUAUCUAAGCAUAAAAAAGAUGUAAAAGUACGGCUUGGUGAAUUUUGUAUCUACAUCAACGAUAAACGCUUUACUUGGUUCAAUGGAAAGAUACGUUCUUCCGCUACAAACGAUGUAAAAUUUCUAGAAGAUAUAUUAGCUGAAUGCGGUUUUAGUUGUGAGGUUGUUUGCAACGAAAACGUAGUAUUAAAUAAAAACGAUAACAAUCCUUAUGUACAAUAGCUAGCUGAUUCGUGCCAUAUAAUAGCUUAUAACGUUUGUAACCUUGAAAAAUCGCUAAAUUUUGGAAACUUUAUAACCUUUUUAAAUAAGUUUGAUAUUUUCUUUUUGUUUGAAACCCAUGUUGUUGCUAAUAAACAAACUUAUUUCUCAUCAUUUUUUCAAAAUUAUUGUCUACACUGGGUUGAAGCAAUUAAAAUACAUAAAUCGGGUCGUGCUAGUGGAGGUUGCCUAUUCGGUUACAAAAGAGAAAUGAAAAAGAAAUACAAGCUAAACUUUACCGAAUGCAAUAGCCAUACAAUGCUAUCUGUGAAUAUUGACGGAAAUUUAUUCCAACUUAUCCCGACCUAUCUGAAUAGUACGAGCUGGAAGAACGAUGCAGAUAAGUUUGUAUCAUUUUUGAGCAGUCUAAAUCCAACCAGCUUCUGUAUUAUGGGAGAUCUAAAUGCAAGAAUAGGUGAACAACAAGUCCUGGACGAAAAUAUAAUCAGGGACCAACCUCAUAUAAAUGUAAUUAGGUGCUCUAAAGAUAAGAAUAUAAAUACACAAGGGAGACGGCUUUUGAAUAUGAUUGAGGACAUAGGUGGUAUUGUGGUAAAUGGAAGGACUUUAGGUGAUUUGGAUGGAAAACUUAGUUUCUUUGGUGUAAUGGGAAGCUCAUUGAUAGAUUACUGCAUUUGCUCAUCUGAUUUGUUGCAAUAUAUUGAGAAUUUUGCAAUACUUGCUAAGCCGUUUUCAGACCACAUGCCCAUCUGUCUCCAGCUUAAAAUCCCAAAGCAUUCUAGCAAUGUGACUAAACAGAAUGAUACUAGAAGACUUUAUUGGAGCGAUAGAAAUAUGACUCAAUACGGGUUAAAUCUGGGUAACACCCCAGUGAAUGGAUACUACCGUGCAGAUA